CCCCGUCAAAACGUGCCUGUGAUGUCACUGCCGCGAGGGUUGCUGUGCUCGUACUAAUCUCAGUCUCUGCCAGAGUGAGAGAGAUUCACGAGGAGAAUGGACGGAGCGCCGAGUGUCCUAAUGGAUAAUCGGUGUGUUUUCUGAUUCGGAGUGUGAAAUCUCAUCUCCGUUGUCACUUGCUGUUCUGCGUAUACUGGACUAUGCUAUGAGGACAGGACACAGCGAUGACUGAUGUGGAACCCGUUGUCACAGACUUUGCAGCGACAGGACGGACGGGCCGGCGCAAUGCCAUGCCCGACAUUUUAGGCGCCAACACCGGGGACGGAGCGACGGACGUUCAGGAGAAACUAGCCGAGUUGUCUGUCUCCGAUGACGGAAAUGAAGGAGGCGAGGGCUCAUCCUCCUGCAACCCCCCCAAGGAGGAGGAGAAGAAGGAGGGCUCCUAACCAGCUCGCCCCCCUCUGCCUCCACCUGCACCUCCUCCUCUGCCCCCGCCAUGGCCGGGAGAUGAGGUCAAACAGCGUCCCAGGGAGCCUGGACCUCACUCGGCCCGCAGCCUGCCCCCUUGACUGCCCCACACCCAACCACGCAGACCAGACAACUGUUACCAUCGGAGCCGGGCUAUGCAACACCAGGACACCUCGGACGUACUCCGACACGGCAGGAUGACGGCCGAUGAGACGGAAGAGAUCACGCUGUCUUUCAGAGGGACAGUGGACAAAGUGUGCUGUUCUUCAGACUGUCCUAAGCAGAGAUGAUCUGCCAGUCUCUUAUUGGUGGAUGAUAUAUCCCUCAUUCACUUGGUCAGUGUACGCAUUAACAAGCAGUAAGAAAAAAGACGCUUACACAGAAAUAGUGGGCUAUUAAAUGCAUUCAAGAAACCAACGUAACUUUUGUUUAAUUCCUUUUUCUUUUCUGCUUUUUCCUUGAGUGUGAGUGGGUGUGGAGAAAUGAAAGGGACCUCCUCCUUCUUAUUUCUUUUCUUUUUCAGGAGUUGCCAUGACAACAUUUUCCUUCAUAGAAUGUUGACUUGUAGUUGCAGGAAUGUCUCUUUUUUGCACAACAGAAGAAUAAACAUUCCAUUUUGGUGAUGUAAAACAGUUUUUAAAUCUUCAAUCUGUGGUUGAUUAGUGCACCACAUUAUCUUAUGUGUGUUUUAUACUGUAAAAUAUGCAUUAUAACCACUAAGUGAGAGAUGGAACAGGAAAUUAUUUGAAAAGGUGGUCUUUUUUGGUCUGUAAAUAGAGAAUUGUGCAUUCUUGUUUGCCAGCCUUGAAAGGAAUACAUUUCCUUGUCCAUUUAUGCUGAAAUGUUAUACUCUGUGUUACUAUGACUGACGGCUGUCCAACGUACUAUUGUAAACCUUAGUUUUGCUCAAUGGACUGGUUAGUGUGAAACUGGUUGUCUUUGUCAAUUGUUCUUCUUUUUCUCAGUGAUGUGAUCAUCAGUGUAAGACCCUGUUAACAUCAUAAUAUUUCAAGCAAGCAAAAUUCUGUUAAUUUCCAAAUUCAGCUUUCCCCACCUUAAAGGUCAAUUCCCACUUGCACAUUUUGAGUCAUCCUGUUUACUGUAUGCUGUAUGCCAUGAAAAAAAUAAAUCCUAUACCUAGUUUU